UUCACGUUGCAAUAGUCCCCAAAAAGCAAUAAAACUUGCCACUCCCCCAAAUAGCGUACGAAAUAGAAGAAGAAAUGGCUGCAGCAGUAGCACAAGGAGUAUCUCUGAACCACAUUUCCAGAGAAUCCUCGGACAUCAGGCGCCUCGCCGAGUUCUACAAAGAGAUAUUUGGAUUCGAGGAGAUAGAGAGCCCAAACUUCGGGGAGUUCAAGGUGAUAUGGCUUAACUUACCCUCGGCUUUUUCUAUGCACCUUAUCGAGAGGAACCCAACUUACCAGCUUCCUGAAGGACCCUGGAGCGCCACGUCACCUGUUGCCGACCCCAGCCACCUUCCCAGAGGCCACCAUAUCUGCUUCUCUGUCUCCAAUUUCGACUCUUUUGUGCAGACUCUCAAGGAAAAGGGAAUCCAGACAUUUCAGAGGUCACUACCUAAUGGCAAGGUUAGGCAGGUCUUUUUCUUUGAUCCAGAUGGCAAUGGUUUGGAGGUUGCAGGUCAGUGAGCUCCAUGGAGGCAUAGAGGACUUCUUGAAAUGAAAGGAGAUUGAUAUGAAGCAGAGAAUCUGUACGCUUUUAUAAACAAUAAAUUGCAACCCCUGCUUUAGGGGUGUCAUUGUAUCUAUGAUGUUGAAUAUGUACACUCGUUUAUAAUCAGUUGGUUGUCAUCAUAUACAGAAAUUGUUAGCAUGUGUCUUCGACUUCUUGUGGCGACAAAUUAUGUUUGAAAUCAUGGCUCUAGAAGAGGAAACACUAAUUUCCUACUAUUUUGUAUCAAAAUUUCACUGGUUAAAAGCUGCAAUAGUAUUUGAUC